AUGACUACUUCAAAGGCUGCCGCGAAGGCCAACAAGAAGUGGCAGAAGAAGCUGAACUCAUUGGAAGGCGCCAUGACCAAGCUCAAGAGGGGCGAGGAUAGCCAUGUACAGCUGUCCAGCCUCCCCAUCUCACGUACCAUCACUGGUGCGGAGACUCAUGCAGAAAAGGUAAAACUCAUCAAGGCCGAAAUCAGGGAUUCACAUUGGGCGAAGUUACACGGAGAUGCACUCACGGCCAACAGCCACGUAGCAAUUGAGGGGGAAAAGAGAGCGGCUGAGGCCAAGCUCGCAGCGGCUGAUGAGAAGAAGGCCCGCCGAGCUGAAGCGGCGGCAGCAGCAGCAGUCGCUGCUGCUGAAGUGGAGGCCGCAAAGUCACCACUACAGACACCUAUUACCCCAAUCCAUCAUAUGCAUCUCCGCUCGCACGCGCACAGCCCUGAAUCGGCUCAAUGGAAGCUUGUGGUUCCGCAUAAUCCCAAAGCAGCCAAGAAGACCAUAGCUGCGGUCACGAAAGCUGAUGCACCGAGCAUGAGAGUCGCAAAGAGAACAGAAGGUCAGCAGCAGAACGGAGAUACUAACCCCGGCGAAUCUGAAAGCACGAGAUGGCAGAAUGAGUUACAGCGAGACCUCUGGGAGCCACUGGCUGGCAGCUGGGCAGACGACGUCCAGCAGAAUGUCGACGGAGGCCCAAACGGUCUGAACGUGUCGAUCCCAUCGAAGCAUGCCAACCUCGAGGUACCACAAAAGAAGACCCGCCGCCGGAAAACCAAGAAGCCAAAUAAGAAGGCCAAGCUAGGCGUUCUAUCUGCCUUAGCUGCACUGGCUGGCGAGUCUGAAAGCAUCAUCGAAGCGGAGGCCGAGCAGGAGUACGCACAGGUGAGCGGCGGAGGUAAAUUUGUAUUCUGCGGAGAUCAGCUCAAGCUUCCGAUUGCAUCGCUCUAUGGAACUCUCAACGAACAAACUCAGUUGGAGAUCGAGGUCAACCGCAAGAAGCAGCAGCAGGACGAACAGCAGCGCGCUUCCGAAAGACAGCAUUGUAUCAACCAGCUGUCUCACAUCUUUCCUGWCGAUGCUGCGUUUGUCCAGCUCACGCUAAUUGGAUAUGGCUGUCACCCGAGACUCUCGCUGCUCGGCCUGCCGGAGAGCAUUCAAGAGCAGAUCUAUCGUAUUGUGUUGGUGAAGGAUGGUCCUGUUCGCAUCACACCCUCGAGCCACGAGCAGCCGGCUUUGCUUCGUACUUGCCAGCAGCUACGCAUGGAGACGUUGUGGAUCUUCGAGAUCGAGAACACCUUCGCCAUUGAAGUGGUCGAUAGCCAAGUUCAGGUCCCGAAGAACUACACUGCUCACUGGGCUCGCCAGGUGCUGUGCAAGUUGGAGACUAAUGGAACGCCGAAGUGGGAGGGUCUCAAGAAGUGGUUGAAAGCGUACCACGAGGAUGGAGUUCCCGGUCUCUGCAACAAGGAUGGAGACCGUUCGAUGCCGUGGGAUAUCUGCGCGCAGGCGUUUGCUUUGGUGAUUAGUUUGAGGAACAUCUUCCCUGGGAUGACGUUCGAAGAGAUGGAGCCGAUGUUGAAGGUCUGGAAGGAGACUGUGACGCUGCAGCAGGUGGCCUGGUCGUGGGAGUGA